UUGACUCGCGGCGGGACGUCACAUCAUGAGCGUGUUGGGAUAAAGAGGCUUCAACUGGGGAUUUAAACUGCUCUCUGCUGUCUAGACGACUACACGGGAAGCGAGGAAUUUAAUGCACAGUUAUAUAUUCGACCUUUAUUCUUGCACUCUGUACGGCGCCGGCCCACUACUAGGCUGUGUUUUAAUCUACAUUCUGUUCAUAUACAGCCAUGGGAAGAGAGGAAGCUAGCGUAGACUGUUAGCUGCGAGAAUCCAGAAGGCAAACCCUUCCAGAGUCACACCCUAAUAUUCACUAUCCUCGCAGCGGCCACGCGACUGCGGGUGACUUACAGAUGCCCGGCCCUGCCUUUCUGCCUGGAUCACAGCGGGACUUGUUACCGUAAAGAUCUCUGUGCGAAAACAACCGAGGAGCAUCCAGAAAGUCAUGCAUGUCCGGUUUCGGUCUACUUUGUUGGGAGACAGAUAACGUUAGUCGGCUAGCUAGCGUGCGAUCAUCGUCGCUCCCCCGGGCUUUCAGCGGAAGAGCGAGGGAUAUGAGUUUACCGAUGUACACGUUUGUUUUGAGGGAUGAUAACAGUACGGUGUAUGCCGAGGUCGCGAAGAUCCUCGCCUCUUCUGGAAAAUGGAAACGACUGAAGAAGGACAAUCCUCGGUUUAACUUAAUGUUGGGAGAGAGAAAUCGGCUGCCUUUUGGACGGCUGGGUCAUGAACCGGGACUGAUGCAGCUGGUGAAUUAUUACAGAGGAGCCGAUAAACUGUGCCGCAAAGCUUCACUGGUCAAGAUUAUCAAGACGAGUCCAGAGUUAAAGGACUCUUGUAACUGGUUCCCGGAGUCGUACAUCAUAUACCCGACCAACCUCAACACCCCGGUGGCCCCGGCCACCAACGGCAUCAGCCACAUGAAGAGCAACCCAAAGACGGAUGAGCGGGAGGUCUUCUUAGCCUCGUAUAACUCCAGAAAGGAAAGCGCAGAGGGAACGGUGUGGAUCGCCAAAUCUUCAGCAGGUGCUAAAGGUGCAGGCAUCUUGAUAUCUCAUGAUGCGAACCAGCUGCUCGAGUUCAUCGAUAAUCAAGGCCAAGUGCACGUCAUUCAGAAGUAUCUGGAGAGACCACUGCUGCUGGAGCCGGGGCAUCGCAAAUUUGAUAUAAGGAGCUGGGUGCUUGUAGACCAUCAGUAUAACAUCUACUUGUACCGCGAGGGAGUGCUGAGGACGUCUUCGGAGCCCUACAACAGCUCGGACCUGCAGGACAUGACCAGCCACCUGACCAAUCACUGCAUCCAGAAGGAGCAUUCGCAGAACUACGGCCGCUAUGAGGAGGGCAACGAGAUGUUCUUUGACGAGUUCAGACAGUACCUGUUGGCCACACACGGCGUUGCCAUGGAAACAUCUAUUUUACCUCAGAUCAAGCAUAUCAUCAGGAGCUGUCUCACAUGCAUCGAGCCAGCCAUCAGCACGAAACACCUGUCCUACCAGAGCUUCCAGCUCUUCGGCUUCGACUUCAUGCUGGACGAGAGCUUUAAAGUCUGGCUAAUUGAGAUCAACGGGGCACCUGCCUGCGCUCAGAAACUCUACCCAGAGCUGUGUCAAGGCAUCGUGGAUGUGGCCAUCUCCACAGUGUUCUCUCUGAGCGCAGAUGUCCUCUCGUCCUCGCCUCCGUUCUCCACUUCUCCAUCUCUAUCCUCCAACUCCUGCUCCUCACCCAAGAUCAGAGCGCCCCAUCACUUCGGCCCAUUCAUCAAACUAUAAAUUGCUGUCGCUGCAGGAUGCUGCUGUUGCCAUGUAACCCCCUCCCCAUAGUCCUGCCCGAAAACAUCUACCAAUCUAGGAGGCAUAAGGGUCUACAGCUGAUCUUGGGGCUGAGCAUACAGGGGGAUUCAUCACUGUCUGAAGAGGACAGAAGGGAAAUGAGGUCACCUCUGUAAACUCCUCUUCCUGUCUCCAUCCAUCAUCUCCAAUACCAGAAGAGUCCACAGAAAGAGAGCGAGUUUCCAAAAGAACGUGAGGAAAGGUGAGGGAAAGCCUGGGGUUGCAACCCCCGGGAAACGUGAUUUGUUUUUAGACGACAGUUGUUUGGGGCUUUAACACUCAUAAAAGUGAUUUACAUGAAUUUGCAAGCACACGUUUGAACGAGGAAGGGGUUGCCACUGAAGAGGAGGGUUUACAGUAGCUACUUUACCCAUAGAUCUGUUGCGUCAACAAGACUCCUCAGGACCUUUCCAGGCACCUUGAUCAAACGGAGAAUAGAUUUGAGACUUUAGUGCCUUACAUACUCACUUUCUCACUAACUCCCAACAAGCUAAUCUAGCUUUUUGUACGUCUGUAUGUGUCCCAUCAACUCUUAUCUAUCAGAGUGUUGUGUUGUUUUUGUGCAGUUAGCUUCAGUGUGUACUAAAUCAUUUUAAAACCACGAAUGAAUCUUUCUCAACGCAUAUUAUAUAUGAUUUGCAGUGUCGUAGUGUGCAUUGUUGUGAUGUCUACAAUACAGUAUUUGGUAGAAGUAGCAGAAGAUAACAUAUUUGGGUAUUUUUAGGGGUUUUUGCAUCGUUUUGUUGCUAUUCUGUCCAGUGCAACCAGAUUUAGUCUUCCCGCCGAUUCUGUUGCCGUUAAUACAAAAACAUUUGUGACAGGCAAUCAAGAAGAUCUGUGAAUUGGGGAUGCACUUCGUUCUGCUUGUGUUUUCAGGAGACAAACACAUGAGCAUUCUGUAGACAAAUGAUACAUGGAAAUAUCCAUGAUUGCCCAGGCCCUUCAGUUCACAGUAGUUAUUCCAUUAAUUCCCAGCUGUGUUGAGAGUUCAAUUAUUUCUGAAACGAGUUGAAACUGAAAUGUUGCAUGUCAAAGCAUGAUAAAAGCAAGGCUCUUUAUACAGAAAGGUAGUUUUUAUGUUGAAUGCAUCACUUAAACCCAUUUCAUAUGGUUACAUAACAGAGUGAUAAAGAUUUGCCUUGAUUUUUUUAAUGCCCAACAUGGGAAUGGCUUUGAGUCACUGAAUAUCAUUUCUCCAUCAUUUCUUAGUGUGCAUGCAUGUGCAGUUGGUUCAUUGAUAGCAAGCUCUGAACGGUUGACCAGUACACUGUUAUGACUAUGGUGCAAAUGACACAAGAAGAAAGCAUCAUUUAGGUGAUUUUUAUCUGUGUGGUAAUAAGAUAUCAGUAUUGUUAUUCAGGAGAAGAAGGAUUUUAAUUUAAAAUGGGUUUAAGCAGUAUUAUAUCUCGUUGAAUCUGAAAGGAAAAAGUAUUGAAGGAAAGACCUGCCUAUUUGAAACAAUUAGAGGGUCAGCAACAUUAAGAACAUUAAUUUUAUGUAUCUUUGCAUUACUUUCAUAAGGUUUGUCAUUUUUACAGACUUUGCAUUGACUCUUUUUGUUAAAAGAGAAAAACUGAAGACAGUAGUAUGUAGCCUGAAUAAGGGAAAACGUGUCUAUUUAGCCAAAGAUGAGUGUGAUUAAAUAUCCUCACUGCUGUCAAAUGAACGUCAUUGGUUUGAUUUAAGUUGUGAAAACUGGGAAUGCUGUUUUUAUGUUUUUUUCCUGUACCUGUUUGAGGAAAGAUCAAUGCAAUGUAUGUUAUUAGUAGUCUAGUUUGCUGUAUUCGUUAUCGUUGUUCGACCAUCUGAAAAUAGCAAAAUACACUUUUACUAUGUUAAAUGGUAAAAGCCUAAAAGUAUUUAAGUUAUUCAAAUAAAAGCAUCCAUCAAGUGCAAUAAAUUUCUUUCCUAAAUGUU